GGCUGCCAAAGGACUCAGUCAUGGGACUGCUGCUGCUGAUCCUGUUGUCUUUGCUUGCUGCUCUGAUCGGAGGUUUGUACCUUCUUGGUGCAUUUCGUCAACGCCAACCUGGGGAACCCCCAUUGGACAAAGGGCUCAUCCCUUGGCUGGGUCAUGUCUUAGAAUUCCGCAGGGACACCUGUAAAUUCCUUGAACGGAUGAGGAUAAAGCAUGGGAACAUCUUCACAGUCCAGCUGGGAGGACAUUACAUCACAUUCCUUCAAGACCCGCUGUUGUUUGGACCUUUUGUUAAGGAGAGUCGAGAAAAGCUGGACUUAAACAGUUUUGCCAAGAUUCUGAUAAAAAGAGUCUUUGGCUAUAAGUCUGAAGAUGGUGAUAAGAAAAUUCUGGAGACUUCCAGCCACAAGCACCUGAAGGGAGAUGGACUGGAGGUCAUGACACAAGCCAUGAUGACAAAUCUACAGAACUUGAUGUUGCACAAUAUUGGCUCAGCGACGGACCAAAGCAGCUGGAAAGAAGACGGGCUGUUUAUGUACUGUUACAAUAUUGUUUUUCGGGCUGGUUAUUUAUCUCUGUUCGGAAAUGAGCCACACACACCCGAGGGAACUGUAGACAAAGCCAAAGAGAAAGACAGAGUGGAAUCGGAGGUUUUGUAUCAUGAGUUUCGUAAAUAUGACCAAUUCUUCCCUGAGCUGGCAUACAGCGUCCUUCCACCAAGAACAAAGAUGGAGGCAGAGAAGCUAAAGUCAUAUUUCUGGGAUGCUUUAGCAGUGCAGAAAAUAAGGGAAAAGGACAACGUUGGUGGCUGGGUGUGGGACAAUCAGCAGGGAAGACGGGAAAAAGGUAUGAAAGACUCGAUGAUAAGCCGAUACAUGUUUGUGCUCCUUUGGGCCUCUCAGGGAAACACGGGCCCUUCAUCAUUCUGGCUGCUCCUCUUCCUUAUGAAGAACCCUGAAGCCAUGGCAGCUGUAAAGGAGGAAGUUGACAAAGUCCUGAAGGAAACAGGGCAGGAAGCCCGCCGCGAUGGUCCUUUGAUCAACCUGACCCGUGACAUGUUGAUGAAGACACCAGUCCUGGACAGUGCUGUAGAAGAGACCCUCCGCCUCACCGCUGCACCAGUCCUCAUCAGGGCGGUUGUUAAAAAUAUGACCUUUAAAGUGGCUGAUGGUCAGGAAUACUGGGUUCGCAAAGAUGACAGAGUGGCCAUCUUUCCUUACAGUGCAGUUCAACUUGACCCAGAGGUCCAUCCUGAUCCACAUUCAUUCAAAUACGACCGCUUUCUGAAUCCAGAUGGGAGCAAAAAAACUGAUUUCUACAAAGACGGGAAGAAAGUGAAGUAUUACAACAUGCCCUGGGGUGCCGGGGUCUCCAUGUGUCCUGGGCGCUUUUUUGCCACUAAUGAGCUGAAACUGUUCAUUUUCCUCAUGUUGGCAUAUUUUGAGUUUGAACUGGAAACUCCUGAUCAGGCGAUACCUGAUAUUGACCGCAAACGAUUCGGUUUUGGUACCAUGCAGCCCACCAAAGAUGUCAGGUUUCGAUACAGAUUCAGGUUUUAAUG